AUGAUAAUUAAACAAUCGGUCGGGAUUUUUAAUGAGACAAUCCUUCAAACACAGGAGAAGCGAUUCCACUUGGGGUUUCAGCGCAUUAUCCUAUGUCUAUAUAACACUAUUGGGUUAUUUACCAUCAACCGAAAACAGGUAAUGCUUGACCUUCAUAGGAUCCGACGGAGGACCUCCCAAGCCGAUGAUCGAACUCGAGCCCUAGUUUGUGAAAAGCGUCCUAGGCAUAUCGAAGCUAUAGUAACACGUUCGCGCUACCUAAAAUUGUCUACGGCGUAUCGCUUAUCUUUAGCCCGUAUGUCCUACUCUUCAUUAUAUUAUUUUAUGUCCACGCCUUUAAAGCGCCUCACUUAA